AGGAACAAAGACUGACUUUCCAAGCUGGCAUCUCUGAAGGCAUCUCAUUGUGGGGGUGGAAACGGGUUGAUCAAAGGAGAAAGGCAUUUGCAGAAGAGGCCAAGGGACGCCACGUAGUCCGGUGGGCACUGCGUGUUCUCAUUAUAGCAAUGGACAAAUCAGUCUCUGUCCCACACACACUUUGCAAGUUGUUUUGUUUCCAUUUUCCAUUCUUUUUCUUAAGAAGAAAACAGCCAGACCUAUACAUACAUACAAACAUACUUGAACAACAGUUGCAUAACUACCUAAUUUCCCUUGCCAACAGACUCCUCAACUCUAAGUCCCUGUGAAACCAAAAUGCAAACAUGUAUCCAUGAGUUGGUCAUAAAAAGACUUCCCGCUUCUCUCUUGUCAGUUUCUCUGUCGUUUACCCUCUGUAGUUUUUUUUCUCUAUCUUAUACCCAUCUAGUCAUUGGCCUCUGCUUGUUUUAACUUUAAGAAAUGAAUAUCCCAACAAUUUACAUCUCCAAACCUGUGCAUAAAGCCUUUUCCUCUCCCUCAUAUAUACAGUAACAGACAAGUUUCCAUUUCAGUUAGAAUAUGUCUAGAGAUUUAUCCUGCAACAAUAUUGGCAACUUAUCCAAUUCCAUUGCUUGUGGAUUCCACUGGCUUCUCUGUGUGGCCUGUCAUGGUGGUUGUGAGAGUGGUCCAGCCUUUUUGUGUUCUCCAAUAAUAUGCUGUGCUCUGCUAUAACUGACUUCUCUGGUUGAGAUAGUCUGCAGUGCCUUUCAGGUUUCUUGGUUUGUGUUUGGGCAGUGUUGCAUUUGGGGGUCCCUAUGUAGACUUCUUGUCCACAGCUGCAUGGUAUCCGGUAGACUCCUGCAGAGGUGAGAGGAUCUCUCUUGUCCUUCACUGAAUGUAGCAUUUGUUGGAGUUUCUUUGUGGGUCUAUAGAUAGUUGUAGGUUGUGCUUGUUCAUCAGCUUCCCUAUGCAGUCAGUGGUUUGCUUGAUGUAUGAGAAGAACACUUUUCCUCUGGGUGGAUUUUUGUCUUUACCUACGUGGCUUGUUCUUUGGUCUUGCAGCUCUUCUGAUGUCUGUGGUGGAGUAUCCAUUGUCCUGUACUGAACCACCUAAACUGAGCUCUAUAGGCCAAUGGAGACUCCACCACAGACAUCAGAAGAGCUGUAAAACCGAAGAACAAGCCAACACCUCCCAACAAAGGAUUCCCCCAGGCAGGAAGCAGCCAGCUUUUGAAGCUGCAAGGCCAUUCAAUGCUAAUCAAGGUGGCCAAUUACAACAUUCAUGCUUGCCUCCAGUCCAGCAGAAAAGAGUUCUUUCUUUCUCCCACACUGGACAUCAUUCUACAGAUAUUUAAACCCCACUUGCCUAGUUUCCAACAGACCUCCCAACCUCUGAGGAUGCCUGCCAUAGAUGUGGCAAAAUGUCAGGAGAGAAUGCUUCUGGAACAUGGCCAGACAGCCUGGAAAACUCACAGCAAGUUGGAUCUGUCUAUAUUCUGAUUCUAAAGAUCACUUGUAACCACUUUUGCCUCAGUCUCCAGUAUUCUUUUACUCUGUCCUUUACAAGACACACAGAGGAACUGGGUGUCUGGUCUCUGGGGUUCCCCAAAAGAGGAUGCAAUGGUGCUGAAGGAUAUUUUGGGGAGGAAAUGUGCAUUGUGCUUGCUGCACUCCGGGACUAUUUUGGGGCAUGACUUGUGGCCCCUCUGUUUUCUUGACAGAUCCUGAACCCCUUCUACGUGUUCCAAGCCUUCACCCUGGCGCUCUGGCUCUUCCAAGGGUACAUUGAGUACUCCAUCGCCAUCAUCAUCAUGUCCAUCAUCUCCAUCGGCCUCACCGUCUACGACCUGCGCCAGCAAUCCAUCAAUUUGCACAACUUGGUGAAGGAGCACAACAAGGUCCAAGUCACAGUCUGGACUAAAAACGAAGGUGGGCACCGGUCGGAGUCCUGCCACUUGGUCCCGGGAGACGUCCUCCUCUUGGAAGGGCAGAGGCUCUCCUUGCCCUGCGAUGCCAUCCUCCUGGACGGAAGCUGCGUGGUGGACGAAGGCAUGCUCACAGGUGAGAGUGUCCCGGUGACCAAGACCCCUUUGCCCCAAGCGGACAACGUCCAGCCCUGGAAGAAGCACAGCCUGGAGGACCACCGGCGCCACGUCCUCUUCUGCGGCACAGAGGUCAUCCAGACCAGGCCCAGCGGCAAAGGUCCAGUCAGAGCCGUCGUGUUGCAGACAGGUUUCAACACGGCCAAAGGAGACCUGGUGCGGUCCAUCCUCUACCCGAAGCCCAUGAACUUCAGGCUCUACAAAGAGGCCUUCUUCUUCAUCGUUGGCCUGGUCAUCAUUGGCCUCAUAGGGUUGGUCUACGCAGUGGCCGUCUUCGGGAGCCAAGGGAGAUCUGCUUCAGAAACGGUGACCAUGGCCCUCCUCCUCCUGACAGCCGCCGUCCCUCCGGCCAUUCCGGCCGCCUUGACCACCGGCAUCGUCUAUGCCCAGCGGAGGCUCAAGAGGAAGAAGAUCUUCUGCAUCAGCCCUCAGAGGAUCAACAUCUGUGGGCAGAUCAACCUGGUCUGCUUCGACAAGACUGGGACGUUGACGGAGGACGGUCUAGAUCUUUGGGGAGCCAUCCCUUGCCAGGAAAGGAGCUUCCUCCCCUUGCACAGCUUCUCCUCGGGCCCUCUGCCCUGGGGACCCCUGUGCCAAGCCAUGGCCACCUGCCACUCGCUCCUCUUUCUGGAGGGGAAGAUUCAGGGGGACCCCAUGGACCUCAAGAUGUUUGAAGGCACCGGAUGGGAGAUGCAAGAGGCCAGUUCGGAAGAGAAGGAAACGGGGGAGACGGAGGCAUUCACCAUUGUUAAACCAGGAGCCACUGCUUCACAGGCCCCGUCGGAAGGGAUGUCCAUCCUGCACCAGUUCCCCUUCUCCUCGUCUCUGCUGCGGAUGUCGGUCGUCACCAAAGAGCUGGGGAAGGACACCCACGGCCUCUACAUGAAGGGAGCCCCCGAGACCGUGGCCAGCUUCUGCCAGCCAAGGACCGUGCCCUCCUCCUUCCAAGCGGAGCUGAAGUCCUUCACGGCCCAGGGCUUCCGGGUCAUCGCUUUGGCCCACAAGGCCCUCUCCCUGGACGCAGGGCACAGCCUCAGGGACCUGGACAGGGACAAGGUGGAGUCUGGCCUGACCUUCCUGGGCCUCCUGGUCAUGGAGAACCGGCUGAAGGGCGAGACCCGGCCUGUCCUGGAGGAGCUGAGGGAGGCCCGCAUCCGGACUGUCAUGGUCACAGGCGACAACCUGGAGACGGCCAUCACGGUGGGCAGGAACUCCGGCAUGAUCCCUUCGGGAGACAGAGUCAUCCUGGUGGAAGCCAGUGAUCCAGAGGAUCCCCACCCGGCAUCCGUUACCUGGCAGACCGUGGAGGACACUCAGCCCUGCAAGGAGAAGAACCAAGAUUCCUGCAUUAUCAUUGAUGGCAGCAGCAUAAACAGCACCAGCUUCCACUUUGCCAUGAAUGGGAAGACCUUUCAGGUUCUCCAGAAGUACUUCAGCCCUUUGCUGCCAAAGAUUCUUGUGAACGGGACCGUGUUUGCACGGAUGUCUCCAGGGCAGAAGUCCAGCCUGGUCGAGGAGUUCCAGAAACUGAAUUACUUUGUGGGAAUGUGCGGAGACGGAGCCAACGACUGUGGGGCCUUGAAGAUGGCUCAUGCGGGGAUCUCCCUCUCAGAGCAGGAGGCCUCUGUGGCCUCGCCCUUCACCUCCCAAACCCCCAACAUCCAGUGCGUCCCGGAGCUCAUCCGGGAAGGCCGGGCAUCUCUGGUGUCCUCCUUUGCCGUUUUCAAAUACCUGGCCAUUUAUGGCUUGACGCAGUUCUUCGGGACAGCUCUGCUUUACUGGCAACUACAGAUCUUUGGGAAUUUCCAGUACUUCACACAAGACGUCUGCAUCACCCUCGUUGUCUGCCUCACAAUGAGCCUGACGGAGGCCUACCCGAAGCUGGCUCCCUACCGCCCCGCCGGGCGCCUCCUCUCCCCUCCGCUGAUGCUCUCCGUCUUCCUCAACGUCUGCUUCACCCUCGCCGUCCAGAUCUUCGCCUUCCGCUUUGUCAGGCACCAGCCUUGGUACUCCCCAAUCCGCAGCCACAGGGGCUGCCCCUUGGGAAACCAGCCCUUCCUCCUAGACAACGGGACAGGGAAUGCCACGGAGCCAGAGGACAUGGUGCUGAGCUAUGAAGACACUUCUCUCUGGGCCAUCGUCACCUUCUACUGCAUCAUCGUGGCCUUUGUCUUCUCCAAGGGGAAGCCCUUCAGGAAGCCCAUCUACACCAACUACAUUUUCUCCAUCUCCCUCUGCAUCCAGCUGGGCCUGAGCCUGUUCCUCUUCUUUGCUGACAUCGAGGCCAUCUACAAGGGGCUGAUGCUCAUCUGCACCCCAACUAUCUGGAGGAUUUACAUCCUGAUCAUGGUGCUGGUCAAGUUUGUCGUUUCCUUCUUUGUGGAGGACGCCAUCUUGCAAAACCACCGCCUCUGGCUCUGGAUCAAGGCGCUCUUCCGCUUCCGUUCCUCCAGCACAUACCGGAUGUUGCAGAGGCAGCUGCAGAGGGAUCCUUCGUGGCCUCCUUUGAACCAAAGGGACUUUGCCGAGGACAGGAAAGGCGAGGCCUACGUCAACCCUGUCUUUGAAAACAGUGAAGGGGACUAGUCGGGACUGAAUACUUUACCUGUCCAGGAUGCAAAUGGAACCAAAUAGUAAUACAGAUCCAAUUACAAAGAAGAUAUUUGGAUAAGUUGGAAACAAGCAGCGUUGGGAACUUCUGAGUUGAAAAUGGUGCUGUGUGGUUGGCUGUGAUGAAGAAUGGGCCUUAGUCCUGGCUCUUUCCUAGUUGGCUGGCUACCAACAAGCAAGAAAGGCCUCCUUGGCACAGCAGGCUCAGGGAACUGUGUGCAUGAGCCCAGGGUUUGUUCCUGGCAUCCAGGAAAUGUAAGUUGGGCUACAAGAAUGGAGCGGACCAAGGAAGGACUAUCCCUCUCUGCCCUGUCUUGCCAAGGCUUAGCCACAAUUGGAAUGGUCCAAGCCUCUGAGAGGCCUAAAGAGACUGCUAACUUCAACUUUGUGGUCAUAAUAAAGUUGACUUUGGUUUUUUUU